AUGUCGACCCUUCAAGCUGUCAAAUAUAGCCGGGGAAACCUCGAGGUGUUGGACCAGCUUCGCCUCCCUCACGAGUUUCACUACGACAAUGUCUCCACGAGUGAGGAGGCCUUCGACUGCAUCAGGUCUAUGAGGGUCCGUGGUGCGCCAGCCAUCGCCAUCGUUGCCAGUCUAGCCCAUGCCGUGGAGCUGCACAAUGGCAGCUGCCGGGCCACUUCAUCCGAGGAAGUCAUUUCUUACAUCCACGGCCGUCUGGAUUACCUCAAGGAGAGCAGGCCAACAGCCGUUGAUCUGACCAACGCCAUCAACCAACUCAAGGCGAGGACGCAAGAGCUUGCGGGACAGGACCGCGAUGCCAUUAUCAAGGCAUACAUUGAGGAGGCGGAGAACAUUUUGGAGAAGGACCUCAAGACCAAUCUGUCCAUUGGCGAUCACGGCGCCGACUGGCUGAAAGACGUGGCGCAGGCUGGUCCUGACGGCAAGAUUUCCGUUCUGACACACUGCAACACCGGCUCGCUCGCCACAUCUGGCCAUGGUACGGCGCUCGGCAUUAUUAGGACGCUCCAGUCGAGGGGUUGGCUCAACCACGCCUAUUGCACGGAAACGAGGCCGUACAACCAAGGCAGCCGUCUGACGGCUUUCGAGCUGGUCUUUGAGAAGAUUCCGAGCACCUUGAUCACGGACUCUAUGGCCGCCGCUCUCUUCGCCCUGCAAAAGGAGACCAUGAACAUUUCUGCCGUUAUUGUCGGCGCCGACCGUGUCGUGAGAAACGGCGACACGGCGAAUAAGAUUGGAACCUACCAGCUCGCCGUCUUGGCGAAGCAUCACGGCAUUAAGUUCAUCGUCGCAGCCCCCACGACGAGCAUUGACCUCGAGACCAUGACGGGCGAGGGCAUCCACAUUGAGGAGAGGAAAAGGGAGGAGCUGACCCAGAUUUCUGGCGCCACUGUUGGAUCAGAUGGAAGUGUUGAUGUCGCCAAGACUGUGCGCGUGGCCACGGCUGACCAGCGGAUCGACGUCUGGAACCCGGCGUUCGACGUGACGCCGCAUGACUUGAUCGAUGCCGUCGUCACAGAGAAGGGUGCCGUUGUAAAGGGGACCAAUGGAGAGUUUGACUUCAGCCACGUCAUGCCCGAGAGGUGGGCUCGCUUGGUUGGACAGCAGUAA